AUGACUAUGAUGGCCACAUUCAACUUGAGCAGCUUCAAUCCAGGCCCAUUCAUCCUACUGGGAAUCCCAGGUCUGCAGCAGUUUCACAUCUGGAUUGGGAUUCCUUUCUUUAUUAGCUACCCUGUUGCCCUGGUAGGCAAUGGUGUCCUUCUCUACCUCGUUUCCAUGGAGCGCAGCCUGCAUGAGCCCAUGUUCUUUUUCCUCUUCAUGCUGGCUGCUACAGAUCUCAUCCUGUCUAAUACAUGUUUACCCAAAACAUUCAGCAUCUUCUGGCUGGGUUCUCAGGAAAUUACCUUUUCUGGAUGCCUUACUCAGAUGUUUUUUCAUCACUACAGUUUUGUCAUGGAGUCUGCCAUCCAGCUGGCCAUGGCAUUUGAUCGCUAUGUUGCAAUUUGCUUCCCCCUAAAGUACAACAUUAUUCUCACCCAGCAGAUUAUUUCUAAGAUUGUGAUGGGAAUCAUUAUCAGGAGCUUUUGUAUUAUCUUCCCAUGUGUGUUUCUAUUAAAGCGACUGCCUUUCUGCCAAACACACCUUAUUCCUAUAAUGACUGUCAUUUCGGACCUGAUUCUCACUGGCAUCUCCUACACUCUCAUUCUUCGUGCUAUCUUUAACUUUCCAUCCUGGGAGGCCCGGCAGAAAGCUGUCAGCACAUGUGGUUCCCAUGUUUGUGUCAUACUUAUAUUCUAUACACCAGCCAUAUUCUCUGUCCUUGCCCACCGUUUUGGUCACAACAUUCCUCACUCCUUCCAUAUAUUGUUUGCCAACAUCUAUGUAGCCAUCCCUCCUGCACUUAAGCCAAUCAUCUAUGGGGUGAAGACCAAGAAGAUUAGGAAAAAAUUCAUACUCAUUUUCCUUCCUAAAGGGAACCAGUGA